AUGUCUUGCGAUCUGUACAUGAAGCAAAAACGGCUGAACUUCCAAGGCCCCGAGAUGAAGCGUAAACGCGCGGUACAACUAACAGAAGUACCACAGCAUAUCAAACCGGUCAAUGGAAUCACCAGAAAGGAAAUUCAAGAAGCUAAGGGCAGCGAAAAGCGAACCAGAAUGGAUGAUAAUCAGCUUACCAGCAGACUCUUGGAGCUUUUCGAGAAACACCAGUACUACACGCUCAAAGAUUUGUGCGAUAUUACAAAGCAGCCCACUGCCUUUUUGAAGGAAAAGUUAAAAGAAAUCGCUGUUUACAAUUCAAGGGCGACGCAAAGAAACAUGUGGGAGUUGAAGCCCGAAUAUCGGAAUUACGAUUGA